UCCCAACUUCAGACAGGAGAUAGCACGCAGCAGAGCAGGACGUUGUCUGAAAACUUUGAGUUUUCUUUCUUCCUCUCUUCUUUUUUCUUCAUUGAAUGCCAAGCUGUCAGGGACUCUGAUUUCCCGUGAGGGGUGUUUCCCACCGUCUGAGGGGGGCGGGCGACGGGAUUCCAGAGAGGAAUAUAUUUCUUCUUUAGAUGGGAUGCCAAGUUCUCACACUCUUUUCGGACCAUGGCGGAAAGCAAGCAGCAGAGAAAAAGUCCUGGAAGUGGAGAUCGCUCCUCGUCUCAUUUUGGUUGCCGCAGAUCUUUGGCAGCUGGGUUGCUUUUGCAGCUUGUGGAGCAUGGGUACAACUGCCAGCGCUGCCCCACAGCCUGUUUAUGUAGCGCCGCCGCUUGACAACGUCCACGCCAACGGGAUGGCCCAUAGCAGCAUGAGUCCAGUCCACAUGGUCAACAUCCACAACAGCAGAGCCAAGUCCAUUAUCACCAACAAGGUUGCACCAGUCGUCAUCACCUAUAACUGCAGACAAGAGUUUCAAAUUCAUGACAACUUCCAUAAAGGUGACUACAAGGUUGGUCGGAUAUCGGAAUCCUUGCCAGAGCAUUACUUGGUUAAGGGUGAAUACUUCAUGGUGCAGGAUGUGUACAGCAAGGCAGAUGUUCUAUACACAACGAGCAGCUAUGGAGCCCCCAACUUCCGCCAGGUGAAGGGAACCUACCCGCUUUAUGGAAUGGGUCAGCCAACCUUGAAUGGCUACAAACAAGUUCUCCAGAGACUUCAAGCCCAAGGACAGCAGGAGAUUAUCUUCUUCUGCAUACGAGAGGAGCCAGUGGUGUUCCUUCAUAAGGACGAUGACUUUGUGCCGUACACCCCGCGUAGGAAAGAAAACCUACAUGAGAACCUUCAAGGACUGCAAGGAGAGGAAACAGUAGAAAGCCUCGAGCUGAGCAUCAGAAACGAGCUCUAUGACUUUGCAAAGCUCAGCAAAAACAUCUUGUAUGUCUACAACGACAUUGAGUACUUCAAAGACGAGCCGCAGAAGAUGUCCAUAACGUGCGAGGAGGACAUCCACGUGACGGAGGAGGUCUAUAAGAGGCCGAUGUUCACCAUGCAAGGCUACAGGUACUUCAGAUUACCACUACCAAUGGAGGGAGCGCCAUUGGAAGAAGAUUUUGAUGCAUUUGUUAACAUACUCAGGGAGAGUCCCAGCCUGUGUCUGGGCCGCAACGCGUCCAGACUGCCGCCUACCCUGGUCUUCAGCUGCCAGGUGGGCGUCGGUCGCACCAACCUAGCCAUGAUUCUGGGCACGUUAGUCAUGAAAAGACUCAAAGGGGACUCACAACUGCCACCACAAGUUGUGGAGCGAGGUACUUCAAAGCCAAGACCACUAUUCCAAGUUAUCCAGAGUCUGAUCAAAAAAUUGCCUAAUGGACAGCAGCUUAUGGAAGAGGUGGACCACGCUAUUACCUUGUGCUCAGAGAUGCACAACAUAAAAGAAGCAAUAUAUGAGAAUGCAAGUAAAUUGGAAGGGAUUGGAGAAGAUUACCAGACUCAAGGAAGCACUACCAAAGAGUACUUUCUCAACAGAACAAAGCAGAGCUUGGAGCGCUACUUCUACUUGAUCGUAUUUAAUGCUUACCUUCAUGAACAGUAUCCCCUUGCCUUUGUGUCCAACUUCAGUCAGUGGAUGUGCUGCCAUGCCUGGUUGUACAGGUUGCUGGCCUGCAUGGACAUGUCAGAGCUGUCUGCUCCUGCCGAGCUGCUCACCAAAGGAGCCCGCGUCCUGGUUGCUGAUGAGUACUUGGCCCUCGACGUGCUCAGCACAAUCAAAGAGAUGAAGGUGGCCAACUUCAGACGAGUGCCCAAGAUGCCUGUUUAUGGAGUGGCUCAGCCGACGUCAGAGGCCAUCGGAGCAGUUCUCGCCCACCUGAUGGAUGAGAAGAGGAAGCACAACCACAUUUUGUGGAUCAAUGUUCAGGAGGAAUUGGUGCUCGAAGGAAAUGGACAAAUCUUCAUUCCCAGGGAACCCUCGUGUCUGGACCAGCACAUCCCCGUCCCAACGAGUGAUCCGCAGUUGCUACAGAAAUUGGAAACCUCACUGAAGGAAGAGAUUCUGCGAGCUCAGAAGUGGCUGGAGGUGAUUCUGGAGCAGGAAAAAAAGAUGACGAUGUUUAAAACCUGCCUGACCAUUCAGGAGCUUUUCAACCAGCACAAAAGCUCCCACCCAGGCCUCGUGUACAAACGAAUCCCUCUGCCGGACUGCAGCUCACCACGGGAAGAAGAUUUUGAUAAGCUUCAUGAGGCCAUGAGGAAUGCGUUAGCUGAAGAUUCCCACUCAGCUUUUGUCUUUAAUUGCGCCAACGGCAAAAGCAGGACUACAACCGCCAUGGUUGUUGCUGUGCUCACUCUCUGGCAUUUUAAGGGUUUCCCAGAGUGCACAGAUGAUGAAAUUGUCAGUGUUCCUGAUGCCAAGUACACAAAGGGAGAGUUUGAGGUUGUUAUGCGAGUGGUUCGUCUUCUGCCCGACGGCCACAAGAGGAAGAAAGAGGUAGACCUUGCACUGGAUUCUAUCAGUGAGACCAUGACCCCCAUGCACUAUCAUCUGAGAGAGAUGAUCAUCUCCACUUACAGACAGAUCAAACCUGAGAAGACAGAAAAGGAGUGUAAGCAGCAGCUGCUCAUGAGCCUGCAGUUUCUGGAGCGUUACAUUUACCUCAUCCUCUUUAAUACAUACCUGCAUCUGGAGAAGAAGAACUCCUGGCAUCGCUCCUUCUCCGUCUGGAUGGAACAGGUGGCUGCCAGAGCUGGAGUUUAUGACAUCCUCAACCAGCUGGGUUUCUCAGAGUUCGAAGACCCAAGGGAGACGCCGCUGGCCAGGCUGCGCUACCGCUGGCAGCAGCAGAACAUUCAGUCACUUCCUAUCCGAGGGGAAUUCAUCUGAAGGAUGAUUCCUCUGAAUUCACCGCCUUCACAAUGAGAGACACUUACAGUAACCUUGUUAUGCCUUUACAAUUAACCCCUGUGUCUUGAACGACAUCAGGUCUUAUUUCGGUUGUUUUAUUGUUGAUCAUCCUAACAGCUCCCGUUAGCCUUUACUUUUAUUUUAUGAUCUUCUCCUUUAGGUGCCUUCUUUAAAUCAAUAGUUAACCAAUAUUACUUUUUUUUUUCUUAUCGCAGAUUGUUUUAGUCCUUUUUUGCAUCUCCUUUGGGGGGGAAAAAAAACAUGUUUUGAAGGAGAGAAACAAAUUCCACUGUGUGAGCUAACAAUUAUGGCUGCAUGUCACAACUGUUUGCUGUUGUGUGCCCUGAUUUUUUUUUUUUCAAGCGUUGUCCUUUUCAAGGUUUUUUUUGUUUUAAUUCAUGGUGUACAUAUGAUGGCAGUUAUUUAAGUUUUAGUGCGUCCAUGAGCUUAUCUAAGAGUAGAUGUUUUUUAACAGUUUCACAUUAUUAUUUUUUCACCUUUAUGAUAAUUGCCACACUGUGUCCCUUCGUUGUCCCCGUUUUUUUCGCCAUUAGAUUAUAAGUGCCCUGAUGCAGGUAGUGACAUGUCAAUAAUUUCUAUGUUAGAUUGACUUUGAAGGUGUUUAUGUCUUUCAAACGUUAGAGAGAUGUUGUUGAAGUUUUUACAGCAGUCUUUCAAUUAAAUUUUCUUGAGACAUUCCCUUAGGCCUUCUUUUUUAUAGCUCUGUAAAUAUAACAGCUUUGCAUGGUUCACAGCAGAAUAAGUAAGUUUUUCAUGUAAUUUGGUUCCUUAAACCAAUUGGACUCUCGUCUUUUCAAGGACCCUGUUUUAAAUGCCUUCAGUUUUCAGAAGCCUUGAGUUGUUCGGCCUCAGCUUCGUGGAUUGUGCCUGCAACAUGCGACUGUUAGCUUUUGGAAAUAGACCUAAAUAUUUGAAUAUGAGUACUUAGAUGCCUUUGAAAACCAAAUAAUUCAUAAUAUGUGUCAUUCACGCGACUGGAGACAAAUCAACACCAUGUUUGGAGCUGCGUUUGUGGUAUCAAGCUGCUUGUUUAAAGUAGAAAUGACUCGGCUUAAAAGUGAGCAGGAGAUGUGCAGAUCCUCUUUUCAUCAGGUUGCCUCAUCUUCAUAUCAUCACUCUGUCUGCAGGACUAUACCUCAAAUUAUUAUAUUUAUGGCUGGAAAUAACCUGCUCUGGAAAUAUUUGGGGUAGUUCUUUUUAGUAACAAGGUUAGAAAACGUAAGUCAUGUUUCUCUUUGUCAGGCCAACAAUUGCACCAAUGUUUCACUGAAGACUAGAGAUGCAUUGAUCUGAAUGGAUCUGACAUUCAGAUGCCAAAUAUAAUCUAGGAAGUGACAGAUCAGAAUUCAGAGUAGUUUUCUAGUCUUCCUGCCAAGGGCACUCUUGGAUUGUUUAAAUAAACUUGGGGUGAUGUCAUGAGGCUAUUAGAUAAAUCAUCCAUCUGUCCAUCCAGGAGGAAAACUCAGACAUCCCCCCCUUCUGUGACGGUAGUCUGGGGAAUCCCAGUUUGUUUGUAGGCCAGAAGGGACAUAUUAACUCCUUCAGGAGGUUCAGGAUCUGCCCUGGAGUCCAAAUGUGAUUUCUUUCAUAGUAGAGAAGUAGCCUUAUCUCCAAGGCUGGAUGUGAUCAAAAAGCUCAUUUUAGUCACUUGUAUACUGAAUCUCUUUGUUUUGGUUGUGAUCCAAGUUCCAUGACACAUAUGUCAGGGUUGAAACAGACUAAGCAGAGAACCAAUAGCUUCACAUUUUGACCCUAAGGGGUGUACAUACAAAUGUUACAUUACUGAAAGAGACUGAAAAUACAGAAAAAAUUGAGGCAAGACUGUUGCCUGUCCUGGAAGAAACAAGCCCCUUUCUUGCAUUUUUAAACUAUUGCUUGGACUUUAAAGAGCUUAUUCCUAUCCCGCCCGGCUCAUACUUUGUUACAAACUUCUCCAAGUGCAUACUUGAGAUCAUAGCCUGAAGAUGCCAAGAAACCCACAUGAUCUGCAAAACCUAAACGUGUCAUCUGAGGUUCCUAAACCAGACUCUCUGCCCUUCAUGACUAUGUUUUAAGGUCUUGUCCAUAGACACCAGGUGGAAUCAGCAGAAUCCAACCAGCAAUGAGAAUAAAUUCAACUUUAUAUUGAGAAUGCAAACCCACCACUUGAUUUAACUGUGUGAGGACUGGAUAAUCCUUAAAAUCAACCCAACUGCUAACUUCUGCUCUCAUCAAAAUGAUUUGAUAUGAUCAUAUCCUUUCUCUAUACAUUUGUUACAGUUGCUAUAAAAAAUGUUUUACUUUUUUAAAACAAAGACAAUGUUUACAUAUUUUAGCAUUAUACAAGAUUUUAUUAUGCUAACAAUUGCCUCCUUUAGACCAAGAGCUGUCAUUACAAUAACAGCUGCCUCGAUGCAGAUCCUAACCUCGACAGAUUUCCAAAUUUGCCAAAUACUUGAAACUCAAAAGGACAAAACAAAGCAAAUUUCCUGGACUCCAUUCAGUGUUCAUGUUAUCUGCUUUUCGUUUUGCGCUCUCAUGCUUUCUCACAGCUUGAAUGAACCGCAGAUGGUUCAAGAGGUCUUGAGUUAAGUUUGAGUUGUCUUCCUUCAGUAGCAGUGGCAGUAGCAGUCCAAAUCAGAAAAUUUUGGUCAUCAGCUGAUUUCUCUGUGCAUCUUGUUAGCUACUGUUCAAACGUAUAUCUCCAGUGUCUUAGCACUUUU